AUGACGGCCCGCCUGAUGCUGGCCGUGGGAGGAGCAGUGCUGGGCUCCCUCCAGUUCGGCUACAACACCGGCGUCAUCAACGCCCCGCAGAAGGUGAUUGAGGAUUUCUACAACCGCACGUGGCUGUACCGAUACGAGGAGCCCAUCAGCCCCGCCACCCUCACCACGCUCUGGUCCCUCUCCGUCGCCAUCUUCUCCGUCGGGGGCAUGAUCGGCUCCUUCUCCGUGGGGCUCUUCGUCAAUCGCUUUGGGAGACGCAACUCCAUGCUGAUGUCCAACAUCCUGGCCUUCGUGUCGGCCGUGCUCAUGGGCUUCUCCAAAAUGGCUUUCUCCUUCGAGAUGCUCAUCCUCGGCCGCUUCAUCAUUGGCCUCUACUCCGGCCUCACCACCGGUUUUGUGCCCAUGUACGUGGGUGAGGUGUCCCCCACUGCGCUCCGGGGGGCCCUGGGGACCUUCCACCAGCUGGGCAUUGUCCUGGGCAUCCUCAUUGCUCAGGUGUUCGGUUUGGACCUGAUCAUGGGAAAUGACUCGCUGUGGCCUCUGCUGCUGGGCUUCAUCUUCGUGCCUGCCCUGCUGCAGUGCAUCAUCCUGCCCUUCGCCCCCGAGAGCCCCCGGUUCCUCCUCAUCAACCGCAACGAGGAGAACAAGGCCAAGAGUGUGCUCAAGAAGCUGCGGGGCACGACGGACGUGAGCAGUGACCUGCAGGAGAUGAAGGAGGAGAGCCGGCAGAUGAUGAGGGAGAAGAAGGUGACCAUCAUGGAGCUGUUCCGCUCGCCCAUGUACCGCCAGCCCAUCCUCAUCGCCAUCGUCCUGCAGCUCUCCCAGCAGCUCUCGGGCAUCAAUGCGGUUUUCUACUACUCCACCAGCAUCUUUGAGAAGUCAGGGGUGGAGCAGCCUGUCUAUGCCACCAUCGGCUCCGGCGUGGUGAACACGGCCUUCACGGUGGUUUCGCUGUUCGUGGUGGAGCGGGCCGGGCGCAGGACCCUGCACCUCAUCGGCCUGGCGGGCAUGGCAGGGUGUGCUGUGCUCAUGACCAUCGCCCUCACGCUGCUGGACCAAAUGCCCUGGAUGUCCUACCUCAGCAUUGUGGCCAUCUUCGGGUUCGUGGCCUUCUUUGAGAUCGGUCCUGGCCCCAUCCCGUGGUUCAUCGUGGCCGAGCUGUUCAGCCAAGGGCCCCGUCCCGCGGCCUUCGCAGUGGCCGGGCUGUCCAACUGGACCUCCAACUUCAUCGUGGGGAUGGGCUUCCAGUACAUCGCGCAACUCUGCGGCUCCUACGUCUUCAUCAUCUUCACGGUGCUGCUCGUGCUCUUCUUCAUCUUCACCUACUUCAAGGUGCCGGAGACGAAGGGCCGGACCUUCGACGAGAUCGCCUCGGGCUUCCGGCAGGGCGGGGGCGGCCAGAGCGACAAGACCCCGGACGAGUUCCACAGCCUGGGCGCCGACUCGCAGGUGUAACCGCUGGGGUGGCCGCGGGUGGCACCUCGGGUGGCACCGCUGGCACCUCCGCCCUCACCCGGGGGGGCUUUUUUUUUAAACACUUUGUACAGAACAGACCCCAGGCAGGAGGGAUUGUGUGUGUGUGUGUGUGGGGGGUCCCCACCCUGGUGUGCAAACGCCCCUUCCCAGCCUCCCCUGCUGGUUUUACUGGGGACAGACUGAGCUGUUUUAUUAUUAUUUUUUGUUUUGUUUUUUUGUUGUUUUUCCUGGCUAGGAACGGAUUUUAUUUUUAUUCCGUAGCUGGUCUCAACGUCCAGGAUUUCAAAGCCCCCAUAGGGGUUUUCCAAACCCACCCCACUCGGCCUCCACCAGCAGGAGGAAGGCGAUUCCCUCUUUUUUUUAUUUUUAAUUAACGACGCGAUUUUAGGUUAUUUAACGACGACAAAAAAAAAAAUCACGUAGAGAGGAAGUUUUUAAAGCCGGAAACUUUUAAUUUUUAACGUUCUAACCAUAGAGAGGUUAAAAAAAAAACCAAACCCACGCCUAAAUCGACUAAACUAAACCCAAGGAUUAUUUUUAAAAAAAACCCAAAAAAACCACCACAAAGACCCAGAACAGACCAUCAGGAAAACGAGUUAUUUUUAUUUUGUCUCAAGUCUCCUUGAUUUCAAGCCCCCGCGGUGGGUUCGUGGACGGGGACCUCCCGCCCCGGGGCAGCGCGGAGGACGGAGCCGUCCCGCAUGGAUCCGUUGGAAAAGGUCAAGCCCAAGAGUCACAAAAGGCUCCUCUGCUCCUCCUGAAUUCCAGCUGGGAUGGGGAGGGGAAACGGGAGAGGAGGGGAGGGGGGGAAAUGUGUCCUUGUUGAAUUUUUUUGGGGUUAAUCUUGGCAAUAUUUGCCCGACAGUGAAGCACCAGCGGCGACAACAUCCCACCAUCCCCCCUCCACCACCACCCCCAUCCCGGGACUCACCAAAUUCCAGCACCGCAUGGAUUCAGCCGUGUCCUGCUCUGUGUAUAGACUGGAAGAUAUUUAUAUUAUAUAUAUUUUUGUUCAAUGGUUGUUAAUAGUAGAAUUUUAAGUUAUAGUGUUUCUGAUUUGACAAGCCAAGUACUGUAAAUAUUCUCGUAUAUUCACACUGUAUAAUGUAUACAAAAGGUACAGAAAAAGGUUAUAGUUUCUAUAGCAACUAAGAGGAAAAAAAAAAAAAAAGCUUGUACAUGGUUAGGAUGACUUUUUUUUUGUAUAGUUCUGCACUGUAGUUGUACCUAUUGCACUGAAUUUCAGGCUGUAGUAUAUUAAACAAAAAAAACUAAACAAAAACAAAACCACACUGAGAAAUACUGUCCUUUUCAAACAAAAUUGAAAACACACACAGAAAAAGAAAAAGAGCAUUUCCCUGAGUGCAGCUGGUGUGGGAGAGCUCCUGGCACAUUCCCAAAGCCACAGAGAAGGUUUUUUGGUGUUUUGUUUGUUUUUCUUUUUUUUUUUUUAAUAGUAUCUUUUUUUUUUCUUUUUUUUUAAUUUAUUUGCCUGGUUUGGAAGUGAUGACACUUGACCACAUCUGGAGAAAAAUAAAGGUUGGGGUUUGAGGGGGGUGGGGGGAGAAAUAAAAGUCUAUAAAACCCCACCCCUUGCUCAGCUGGUCCCGACAAGGAGCCCUCCAUGUAGGAGUGUGGGUUUUUUUAAACAAAUCCCUACAGUGAAGUGCCAAGAGGAAGGUGUGUGGUGUGAACAAUAAAGGAGAAUGUUUGCAGCGACCCA